GUGAAGCUGUGAGUGCAUAAUUUCCUUUUUUAAACAGGUCGUCCGUCGUUUGAGCAAUGUUUUCCUAAUUUUGGCCAUGAUUUGACUCCCGAGUACGACGAGAUCGUUCAGCGGUUUGUGCUAAUGUCCGGUAUGAAGUAGAUUUAGGAUUUAUAAUAACGAUUCAAAGUAAGCCUCCAAUGUCAGAAAUAACCACGGAUGUUGGAUUGACUCGGGACGGCGCCUUGGCUGACUUGAUAUCAGCAGAAUCAGGCCACGCCGCCCUGGAGAAGUCGCACCCUGAUUGUGUGAAGGAAAUCUCGCAGCAUCUCGAGGGCCAAAAUCCAAAAGGCCCCACUGAAGUCGACAGCGAUUCGGGAGACAGCCUAUUUCUCACACAGAAGCCAGCGCCUCAGGCUGCGAGAGCAGUCGGACGGCGCAAAUCAUCACAGCGCACCUACGCCACCGAGGGAGAGGACAGCGGGGGGAUGACUUCGUCCGCUCAAAGACAUGACGAUAACCACGAGAUGAGCACAAACAAAAAGAAACGAAAGCUCAAGUUACCAAACUAUAACUUCUCUUUUCUCACGGGACCUUGGCACAGAGGCACCCAUUUAAACAACAGACACAAUAUAAGACUCCAUAAUUAUGUGAUAGGGGGCUUCUUUAAAUGUGUAAAGUUGUGGCAGACAACAAAUAAUUUCUGGAUGGCUCUACCAACAGUUGACCAAGAUGAUGAGGACAUAUCACCACUUACACAAGAUGGAGAAGACGAAUCUAGUCAUGAGGACAUCAAAGUGGUGGACAAAAAAUGUUUUCUGGCCAAAUCCAAAACAAAGCAGCAGCAACCCUGGUGCACACCACCACGGGGUACCAAGCAGGGGAAGCAUCAGCAGGAGGGAGGAGUUGUUACUCAAGAACGGGAGAAAAUAGUUGAAAUGUCCGGUAUGAGUAAUGAGUUGCAAUAUCAAGUGCCCACAUCAAGUAUGCCUUUGGUGGAAGACGGGAAUGAUGCAGUAUGUUCCCCUUCAACUUGGAACAUUCCUGCUCCGAGAAGCAAGAGGAUUCCUAUCCCAGAAGAAAGACAAGAACUCGUUGAUGCAGAGACUACAAACAAAUGUGCGCUAUUCAAAAAACAGAACAAUGCGUCUCGAGAAGGGAGUGAUCAGCAGUCCGGGCAGGAAGAGGUUGAGGGGGUUGCUGCAACGUCCGUAACCGUGGAAACCACAGAUGAAAAUGCACUUGCACCGGAGGCUCAUGAUGAAAACAGAAGGGACAACUUUUUACAGGUUGCCGACACUCCGAUGCCAGAAGACAGCGUAGCGGAUGGAGACCUCGCCUCGGUGAAAAAGACCAGACACGAUGAGCAGGUUAACUCGCAGCUUGACCUCAGCGUAAAAGAACAUGCUGUGUUUUCCCUCAGCCACAAAGACUUUGCAGAGAAAACGGCACGAGGCGAGGUUGAAGAGUUGUUCCGUGCAGUCGGCGAACCUCUAAAUGAUAACAGGCAGGGGGGGGGGGAGAAAAAAAAGAGAUCACGUCACAAACCUGGGAGUUUACACAUUACUGCAGACCCUCGAGAAACUGAAAACAGAAAACACAAGAAGAUUGCUGAUACAGCUCAAGAAGAUAGCAAUGGCGAGAAAUCUUCCAGUGAUGCCGCACCUUUGUCUCUAAGUACAAGGAAGACGAAGAAGAGAGCGUCCGUCACAGACAUUUUUGACACUCUAGACGAGACCCAACGUGUUGCUGACGAAACGAAGAAAACGACUGAAGACAAAGAGGUGCAACUGGUAAGCAAGGACGGGAAGAAAAAAUCCGGCAGAAUGAUCCCAGAAGAUGAUGAGUUGGUGUCUGAAAGGGAAAAGAAAACCAGUGGAACCUCUUCCUUCCUUGUUGCUGAUGUGGAGGAAAGCAGUGCCCUGGAGGCGGACUCACACUUUAGGUUCAAGAAGAAGAAAAAGAAGUCUGCCAGCUACGAGAGCGCACGGGAUUUUGAGGGUGCAUCAUCAAACUGUGCUUUGCCGGACGCCAUUGAGGUGGGAUUGGAAGGUAAGACGAGGAGAACUGACAGUCAAGUGGCGAGAAAGGAAAGUGCAGAUGGUUGUGGACAUUUGAAACCUGGUGAGCACAAGUUCAAAACGAAAAAGAACAAAAAUAAGGGGUGGCUGCAUAGUCGGACAGUGGGGAGUUCACCUGUUGAGACUGGAGAAUCUGAAAACUCCACAGUCACCGCUUACAAGAAGAAGAAACGCGCAUCGUUAUCGCCGAAUCAAGUGCGCCAUGAUGGAAGUUCUCACGGCUAUGCCGCUUCUGAUAAGGAAACACCGAACAUGCGCAAAGAUAACCCAUUAGAUGGUUUGAAAGACAAGAAGAAGAAGAGAAAAAGGCAGCACGGAAGCCUGCUGCGCUUGAUGAGGGGUUCUUGUCUGAAGAGGUUGUCCAGCAUAAAAGGCCAGAGAAGGAAAAAAAUCCAUUAGCACCCAACCAGAUACCGAGUCACUUUUCUAAGUGUGCGUUUUAGGCUGUGUCAAGCAAAACAAACCAAAAGUGGUCAUAAGCUGAGAAGCGGUCCUCGCACACAGUGAUAGAAGGAUUUGUCAUCGUAAACAUUUGGACGACGCCUGAUCCGAUGCAUUGUGGUUGUCUCCGGUAAUGUAUUUCUGGUUUGUUUUGUAGCAACAAUGUUUUCAUGAACACGCCUAUAUUAGGGUAAGGUGUCCAUCUUGUGAAUAUAAAAAGUCAACACCC